AUGAAGAUUCUAUACCUUAUUACCCUUAUCGCUCCCUUUCUCUCUCAACAAGCGCACUCCGAAUCAACCUCAUGUUCCACAACAUCACCCUCAGCACACACAACACCACACUACUUAUUCGCCAAAUCAGUCCUCGGCACGGAAAUCCCCAUCGGAGCCCAACCCUCGGGCAGAACUUCAACUUCAACCUCAACAAGAACCGUAACGAUCCAGCCUACAGCCUCCGAACUAGUCUCCGAUUUCGAAAAGGUCAUUGAAGGAAAACCCUCAACAUCACCAUCAGCACACGCGACGCCAUACCUUCUAAAAGCCAGAUCACCCCUGGAAAGCGAAGUCCCCUUGGAGGCUGACCCCUCCGGUACAACUUCAUCCUCAUCAACCACCGCGACACUGGAGUCCUCAACCGGUGACUCACCCUCCAAUAUCGAUAGCCUCAAUGAAGGAGAGCCGUCUAUCUCAAAUUCGUCAUCACCAACAACAACGAUGCAUCUUCCAGUGUCUACUUCGAGCGUCGUGCUCGGUGAUUCUGAUAGUGCGAAUUUGAAUGGGACUGAAUACCCGGCUAUGGCAGCGAGUGCGAGUGCUCUUGCGGCUUCAAGUUCAUAUAACACCAGUUAUAUGACGUCUGGAGGAUCCUCAUUAAACAGAACCGUAGGGCUUUUGGCUGUUGGGACUGGAGCGUUGAUGGUUGCUGGGUUAAUGUUGGGUUAG